AUGAUGACCACUGUCAUCUCCUCGCCUCGGCGAGGCUGCCGCCCUCCAGGCCUCGUCACGGUGGCGAAGACCCUUCUUCGGCUGCUGGUCGUGCUUGUGGUGCUCAUCACCUCAGCCGCCGCUAACACCCCUACCCAAGACGGGGGGGAGCCAACGUCGGAGGACACCACCACCUACAUCUACAGCUGCGACGAUCUCACAAUGGACAGGACACUCGUCCGCGGCUCCGUUGCCCUUAUGGGCAACAUCAUGUGCGCUGAGACCAAGAUCAUCGAGGUGGACCAGGGCUACGGCGACGUCUACAUCGUUGCAGAGACCAUCAUGUGGAUCAAGGGCGUCAUCUUCGAAGUUCCCAAGGGAACCAGGGUCGACUUCGGCGCGGCUGCUUUCGUCUUCGAAAGCAAUGAGGACAACAAGGACGGCAUCUUCCACGUGGACGGGACUCUGGGGUUCCUUGCCGGAGACCCCGACUACGAAGCCCCUGACGACGCCACACCGGAGGACCUGCACCGGAUGGUCCGCGGUGACCCCGGUGGCACCGUACUGACUCACCGUGAUGAGGCCAUGUACUACACCGACUCCGCGGUGUUCGUAAUCGUAGAGCCCAGUACCGACAAGAACGACAACAGCAACAGUAACAGCAACAGCAACAGCGAGGCGGCCGGUGGCUCUCAGGGGCACUCUGCAGGCCUGGCUGAGGAGCACCUGCAGCGGGAGUUGGAAACGAGGGGCCUGGACUUGGUCACGCACCUGAAGUCUUGCGACGACCUCCCGAACGAGCGGACCCCUUUUGAAGGGAUCGUGUCCGUUACGGCAGACAUUGUGUGCCCCGAGCCCAAGGUGAUCGAGAUCACAGAGGGAGGCGGCAAUGUCCUGUUCGUCGCGGCCAACACCCUUUACACCAAGAACCUCCGCUUCAACGUCCGGAAGGGCGAAAAGAUGAAGUUCCGGGCCCCGGCUCUCACUUUUGAGAGGGAACAGGGCGAUACAGCCGAGAUCUUCAACGUGGACGGCGAAUUACACCUACGCGGCGACCAGCACCGCUUCGACGAUCUGGUCAACACGAGGACGGACGACCCACACGAUACGAUCCGCGGUUCUCCCGAUGGCGAUAUCAUCACCUACGGCGUUUCGACGCUACGCUUCAGCGAGACCUCCGUCAUCGUCGAUGUUGCCCCCACCGACACCAACACCUACGACAACGGUAGCGACAACAACAACAACAACAACCACGACAACAACAACACAAACAACAACAGAGGCACUUCGCAAUCUCCCACGGGGCCCCUGUCUUCUGCCAUGGAUAACAACCACAACGUUGUCCACGGUGAUGCCAACGCUGGUGUUACCGACAUCACCCCCGUCCGACAAACGUACACGGAUGUGAUUUCCAGGACUCCAGGAUUCCCUGGCGAAGAUGAAUUGGACAAGCUGCCGAUGAGGGGCCUGGGCUCUUGCGACGAGCUCCCGCUCGAUCGGACCCCCCUGGACGGCAGAGUGUUUAUCACCGGCGACAUCGUGUGCGACGUGAAGCGGGUCAUCGAGGUCAGGACGGAGACGGUCAUUAUCUCCGACCUCCCCGGCGACCUGCACCUGAAGGGCGUCACCUUCGACGUGCGACAGGGCGCGGGGUUGUGGGUCAUCGUGGCCACCACUACCAUCGAAGCCCUUGAGGGGGACACCGCGGAAUUCUUUUCGGUCGAACCGCAAGGGCACCUGGGGCUGUACGCCGACAGAGUUGGUCCGUUGCCCGACGAUGGAAUGGCGGAGGACAAGCACUCCCGGGUACUCGUUAAGGCGGGGGGAGCGUUAGACGUCGAUGGCGAGAUAAGCUUUACGGCCUCGGGUAUGAGAUUCGUGCAUGCGUUCGAGGACCAGCAGCCGGAGGACCAGCAGAGAGCAUCCAUCCCUCAGCUCCUCGAGAACGUCGACAACAACAACCCCCCCACCCGCCCCGCCAUCCGCCCCUCCCCUACCCCAGGGGACGAGCACAGCACCGCUGGCAAUGCCGACACCGGUGGUUCCUCCAACGGGGACAACACCGAUGCCGGCACAAACCAGGGCCUGCCUCGGAUCGACGACAUUGACAACAUCGUGGCGUCGAACCUGAACUCGUGUGACGACCUGACAGCCGGCUGGACCCCGGUGUACGGCAUCGUUGUAGUCACGGACCACGUCAUUUGCCAGGAGGCGCGAACGAUUGAGGUGAGCAAGAACGCGUACUUCAUUUCCAAGAUUCCCACUCUUUGGUUCAAGGGCGUCACGUUCUACGUGCGGGAGACCGGGUCGUUGAAGUUCGGCAUACCCACGAUGCACCUGGAAACUCUCGAGGGGCAGUCUGGCGGGAUCUUCACGGUCGAGCCGCAAGGCGCCUUGGGGCUGCACGCCGACAGUUUUAUUCCGUUCCCCGAGGAUUCCACGGACGUGGACGCACACUCUCUGGUGCGUGCGAAGGAGGGCGCAAAAUUGAACUUCGAAGCCGCUGUCCGCUACACGGCCGUCAGCAUUACGGUCGUCUCCACACCCGACCAGAACCCGCAGCGAGACAACUCGACACCCUCCGACCAGCCUUACUUGGCUACCACAGGGGGCGACACCAUUACCACCGCAGCCACGAACCAGGGGCUUCUCGCCGUCGACGGGGUCCAAUCCUUGCUCCUUGUCUCGUGCGACCAGCUGGAGUUCGACCGCAACCCGUUUUAUGGCAGGGUGUCUGUUAGAGGCGACAUCAUGUGUCAGGAGCCUCGAACGAUCGUGAUCGACGAGCAAGCUUACAUCGUAUCCAUGCUACCCAAUCUUCGAUUCAAGGGUAUCAGCUUCCACGUGCGGGAGAGCGCGGUGGCUAGGUUCGCCGUAAAUACGAUGCGCCUGGAAACUCUCGAGGGUCAGUCUGAGGGUAUCUUCACGGUCGAGAGGCAAGGCUUCCUGGCGAUGAAUGCUGACGGAUUUAUCCCGCUCCCCGAGGAUUCAACGGACGAGGACACGCACUCUCUCGUGCGUGCCAAGGAGGGCGCAAAAACGCGCUUCGAGGCCGCUGUCGGCUACACGACCUCCAGCAUCACCGUCGUCUCCAUGCCCGACCAGGACCCGCAGCGACACGACUCGACCCCCGCCCCCAUUCCCUCCACCGAUCCUCCUGCUUCCACGACUGGGGACGACGACACAAAAACCAACUCCUACGCCGACCCCGACAGCGGCACCAACCCCGACGACGACACCAGCACUAACGCUAGAGCUAGCGCUAGAGCUAACGCGAAAGCUAAAGCUAAUGCGAAAGCUAACGCUAAAGCUAACGCUAAAGCUGAAGCCAGGCGCCGCCGUUUUCCUUCCUCCGAUGAGAUCGAGAAACUCCCGGGCCAAGCAAUCGACUCUUGCGACAAACUCCGCUCGGGUCGAACGCGAAUGGAAGGAGUCCUGCUCAUCACGGGCGACAUCGUGUGCCGGGAGGAGAGGCUGCUCGAGAUCACCGAGGAAUUGAUCAUCCUCUCCCAGACACCCGUCCUACACUUGGAGGGUGUUCGCUUCCACGUCAAGGAGAACGCUAAGCUGAGGUUCGUCGUCUCCACGAUGCGCGUGGAAAAGCUCGAGCAAGGCGAUGCUGCUGCUGGUGUUCCCGCGUUGCAGGGGGUCUCCGGAGCGAUUUUCACCGUGGAGCCUCAGGGAUACGUGGGAUUGCACGCCCACGGGCAGGGCCCCGUUCCCCAGGAUGGAUCUGAGGAAGACAACAACUCCCUGGUGCAUGUUCAGACGGGAGGCGAGUUCUUCUUCGACUGCCACGCCCGCUACACGACCUCCGGCAUGUCGGCCGUCUUGAUACCCUACCCGGAGAACCCCUCCUGGAUGCGGCUGCACGUCCUCAGCCGGCUUCGUACACGGCGACAGCUCGAGCAGCAGCACCAUGAGCAGCAGCACCAAGAGCAGCAGGGCGAGCAGCAGCAGGGCAGGCAGCGCGCGGGAACCACACCGCCCUCUACCACUGCUGGGGAGUUUUCUUCGUUGUUUUCUCCAUCAGCUCAGCACACGUUCCAAGACCGACAGCUACUAAGUCCGUCCUACAUUACGGUGGGCGAGGAGCUACGCUUCCCGUCCACGAUGACCAGUCUAGACGAGAAGCACGUGAUGGCCAUGGGGUUCGAUGGCAGCUUGCUUCACACAGGCCCGCAGCGGUACCGGUUUUUCCGCGAAGAGAUGGUCCAAGCCGUCGAGAACCGGCCCUCGGGGACACUCAGCACGGAAAACAUCUUGUCGGGCCUGAACCCCGACUACGACGGUGGAGACCAGCGCGCCGACCUCAAGGUACUGGCCGCCGCCGACCCGGCACAGGCCAUGCGCUCUAUCCCCGGCAGGAGGAAACGGUUUGAGAUGUCGAAGGUGCUCGAGGACGAAGAGAGAGAGGCCACGGAACCGACAGCAGACGUCGUCGCCGAGAUGGAGAGAACACUCCAAGAGUUUCUUCGCGAGAGGAAGAAGAAGUCGGACGUGAACAAGGACAAGGACGAGGACAAGGAAGAGAACGUCGCGCAGCAGCAACCAGAGAGCACGGCUGAAGCGGGCCGCCGCAGCCGCUCAUCGAAGGGCCGAAGGGCCACCGACAGCGACGAUAGCGAAGACAGAAGCAGCGGUACCGGCGGAAGCAGCAGCAACGAUGACAAAAAUGAGGCAACAGCAGCAGUGGCCAAGAACGUCCCCGGUAGGCCACCGCAGCGGUACUUUGGGGACGACAUCGUGCUCCAGGUUACGAAGACGGGGGACGUGGUGGUGACGGUCGGGGGACGUAUCGUCGUUGAGAAGCGAAACCCGAGUGGGGGGCAGGGGGGCUGGCUCGAGAAACAGCUGCGGAAGGCCAACCCGCUGGCGACGCUGGGAAGAAUCAUCCGGCGACACCGCCUGCGCAGAGAACGCAACGGCAGCGGGGGCAGCAACGGCGUCGACGGGAUCGUUAGCUUUGGAUACUCUCUCCACGUCGCGGAGAAGGGCUUCGAAGUGCAGCUAGACGGCGUGUUUGUGUGGGGGUGGGACGUCGACAGAGAAAACCCGCAACCGUUUGAUGUGGGACACGCGCUAGGUACGUGUGAGUUCUGUUUCCGACACCCGCGGUAG